CUUAUCAUCACUCGCUACUCUCUACUCUCUCUCCUCUGCAGAUCAGAUCUCAAUCCCGCUUUUCCCCAGACCGACGAAUCAAAUGGCUAAAGAUCCCGUUCGCGUUCUCGUCACCGGCGCCGCAGGCCAAAUUGGAUAUGCUCUUGUACCCAUGAUUGCCAGAGGAGUGAUGUUGGGACCUGAUCAGCCAGUGAUCCUUCACAUGCUGGAUAUUCCACCUGCUGCUGAGGCACUCAAUGGAGUUAAAAUGGAGCUGGUUGAUGCUGCUUUUCCUUUAUUAAAAGGGGUUGUUGCUACAACUGAUGUUGCUGAGGCAUGUGCUGGUGUCAGUGUUGCUGUAAUGGUUGGCGGAUUCCCAAGGAAAGAAGGAAUGGAAAGAAAAGAUGUGAUGACAAAGAACGUUUCUAUCUACAAGUCUCAAGCUUCUGCUCUUGAGCAGCAUGCUGCCCCUAACUGCAAGGUUUUGGUUGUUGCUAACCCUGCCAACACGAAUGCAUUGAUCCUGAAGGAGUUUGCACCAUCAAUUCCUGCAAAAAACAUUACUUGUUUGACAAGAUUGGACCACAACAGGGCCCUUGGUCAAAUCUCAGAAAGAUUGGGUGUUCAAGUUAGUGAUGUUAAAAAUGCCAUUAUCUGGGGAAAUCACUCCUCAACACAGUAUCCUGAUGUCAACCACGCAACUGUUAAAACAUCAGCUGGAGAAAAGCCUGUUCGUCAGCUUGUAGCUGAUGAUGCCUGGUUGAAUGGAGAGUUCAUAACCACAGUCCAGCAGCGUGGUGCUGCAAUUAUCAAGGCUAGGAAGCUCUCAAGUGCACUCUCUGCUGCUAGUGCUGCUUGUGACCACAUCCGUGAUUGGGUCCUUGGAACUCCUGAGGGCACAUGGGUUUCUAUGGGUGUAUACUCUGAUGGCUCCUACAAUGUGCCUGCUGGGCUUAUAUAUUCCUUCCCAGUAAACUGUAAGAAUGGAGAAUGGUCUAUUGUUCAAGGACUUUCAAUUGAUGAGUUCUCAAGGAAGAAGAUGGAUGCGACGGCUGCAGAGCUCUCUGAGGAGAAAGAUUUGGCAUAUUCAUGUUUGUCAUAAAUUUGCCCAUUAGAUACAUAGGGAUGUGAUAGCUUCGCUGUCCCGGGGUUCUCGUAGAAGUAGCUACAGUUUUGAAUAAUGCCAUUCUUCAAUCUUGAGGAACGAGUAAUGCAUCUGCUUACUCGUGAUACGCUCUCUUUUAAUUUUUGUGAAAGUUCCUCUGUCAUGUACUUCGUCUCAGAAGAGACUUGAUGAAAUCUUAGACAAGGUUCAUUUUUCAUUAGGAGUUUA